AUGGAGAUGCGCGGCACUCCAUUGAUGACCAAGUCGGACUCCCUCGAGACGCCCGAGUCAUCGUCUGCCCCACCUCGAAAACGCGUUCGCCGCUGGCACCAUCGUGGCUUCACAGGUUGCUCGACCUGCCGUCGUCGUCAUGUCCGCUGCGAUGAGGCUUCUCCCGUGUGCAACAACUGCGUGCGACUGGCACUCGAGUGUGACGGCACUCAGGGCCGGAUGACCUUCAAAGUGUACGGUCCGUCGAAGCAAGAAUCAGAUUCACAACCGGCACCGCCCAAGCCAACAAGGAAAAGGAGGGAAACAGCGAGUCCGGAAACCUCCAGUGAAUCGUCCGCGGGGAGUCUUAUGGUUAGGAGACAGAAGAAAAAGGACCUGAUAGGAUGCGAGCAACUGGUUGCAUCGCCAACGACCGUCCCUCCAGCACAGUUUCAAUUCCAAUUCCAAUUCUGUUUCCAAGAGCCUACAUCGCCCAACAACCUUAUGGCCUCGUCGCUUAAUUUUACUAGUGACCGAUAUUUCACCCACUUCAUCGACCAAGUCUCGACCCUCCUCCUGAUCUACGACAAUUCAAUGAAUACCAAUCCUUAUCGGAGUAAUUUCCCUGAUCUCGCACGCUCGUCUCCAUCCAUGGCCGGGGCCAUGCAGGCCCUUGGCGCAUUGCAUCUCGCAAAUACCUCCGUUGGGUCUCCUCAAAAUAAGCACUUCCAGCAUGCCAUGAGGAAAUACGGAGAAGUGGUCAAGAUGUUUCGCGAUCGAUAUGCACAAUCGGGUGGUGAACAACUAGGAAUGGCGGACUUUGCGACAUGUCUGUUGCUAUGUCUUUUUGAGAUGAUGGACUCGCAGCAACAGAACUGGAAGGUCCACCUCAAGGGCGCGCAUGCUAUCUACAAUCUCAUCUUUUAUCCACAUGGCACUGAUUCCGCCCGCGAGAAGAAACGCCUUGUGGAGACAAACCAUCCGUUGCGAUCGUUCCUGGUCUCACUAUUAUCAUAUCUGGAUGUGGCAGGUGCAUGUGCGACACCCGGUGGCACAGUCGUGAAAGGAAACUAUUGGAAGACCUUAGGCGGCGGAUGGGAAUAUAAUCUUGGAAUCCCGAGUUUGUCUACCGGAUCGAUGCCGGACAAUCCGCGAUUGAUAGAGCUUCGGUCCGCUUGGUCCGGGAUGAUGGAGGUACAGGCGGCUAUCAGCUCGUUUGCGCGGGAUAAACCGUGGAUGUCACCCGAUCAACAGGACAUGGUAUACAAAGAUAUUUUCCAGCAAUUGGUGGUCUGGCGAGCAAGUACACCGAUUAGUCUCCAGGUCCUGGGAGAUAUGGAAUUGGACGACGAAGAACUCAGUCGUUUCCCUUACCCCGACAUGUUGGAAUAUGUCGGGUGCAUUGAAGCCUACGAAAAGGCGACCUUUGUGCAUUUGCACCAAAUCGGUGGAGCCGAUAGACCAGGGUGGAUCUCCGACCGAACAUAUUUAAACAUGCUUGUGACGCGUAUCCUAACUCUCAUCCGCAAGUUGUCGAAGGAUGUGGGUCAAUUGGCUGUUCUAUGGCCGCUCUUCAUUGCAGGUCAGGAGACGCGACGCGACGACGAACAGCAGUAUAUUCGACAGACCAUGAUUGAACUCGGACGCUUCGGCUUUCGGAAUGUGGAUAAGGCGCUGGAACUUCUUGAGAAGUUGUGGUUCAAACGCCGGGCUUUCCCAGAGGGGUGGACAGAAAGGCUGGACGAGAUCCAGUCGAACAUUCUCCUGCCUUAA